AUCGAUUCGUGGACGGUCUGAAGAAAUGGGGCAAAGAAUGGAAACGGGUGGCCGGGGAGGUGGGGACGCGGACCGUGGUGCAAACUCGGACGCAUGCCCAGAAGUACUUCCAAAAGCUGCAGAAGCACAUGGCGAACGGGGCGAGUCUGGAGGACGCGGUG